AUGCGACACAAAGGUGUGUCGGCCGUUUUGAUGGAACCAUCUCGGUUUGCUGAUCGCCGGGGUCGACGAGAUGAAAAUGAUCACAGUCCUCUGUGGACUGCUAUUUUUGAUUAUGAAGCAGCCAGGGAGGAUGAGCUGACAUUACACAGGGGAACACAAGUUCAGGUUUUGUCACUGGACUCUGGUGAUGAUGGAUGGUGGAUGGGACAAGCUGAAGGGAAAAUUGGAAUUUUCCCGAGUAAUUUUGUAGCCAAAGAUUCUCAGUUAAAUGUUGAUAAGCUACCACCAGACAUUAAAUCCAAAGACAGACCGUUUGAGAUUGAUUUUGAAGAACUAGACUUAGAAGAGGUGAUAGGUGUAGGUGGUUUCGGAAAGGUUUACAGAGGGAAAUGGAAACAGGAAACAGUUGCAAUUAAAGCUGCACGACAAGAUCCAGAUGAGCCUAUCAGUGUAACAAUAGAAAAUGUGAGAAAGGAGGCAAAACUUUUCUGGCUGCUUAGCCAUGUGAAUGUGGCAGCGCUGCGAGGAGUAUGUCUGAAGCCUCCUAAUUUGUGCCUAGUCAUGGAGUAUGCUGCAGGGGGAUCAUUGAAUCGUGUGUUAGCAGGGCGACGAAUACCUCCAGAGAUUUUAGUCAAUUGGGCUCUACAGAUAGCCCAAGGGAUGCAUUAUCUUCAUGAGCAGGCUCCACUGACAUUGGUUCACAGGGACCUCAAAUCCAGUAACAUUCUUCUCAAAGAACAAAUGGACAGUGGUGAUCUCUAUCAGAAAACAUUAAAGAUAACAGACUUUGGACUGGCCAGGGAAGUGGAGCAGACAACACGAAUGAGUGCAGCUGGGACUUACGCAUGGAUGGCACCGGAGGUCAUAAAACUUUCAAGGUUUUCAAAAAAGAGCGAUGUCUGGAGCUAUGGUGUAGUUCUGUGGGAACUUCUCACUGGUGAAACUCCAUACAAGGGAAUCGAUACACUUGGUGUGGCGUAUGGUGUAGCUGUGAAUAAACUGACUUUACCCAUUCCAUCAACUUGUCCAUCCAUGUUUUCACAGCUCAUGACAGAUUGCUGGUAUCAAGAGCCUCAUGAACGACCAACAUUUCUGGAGAUUCUGCAGCGUCUGCAGGAGAUUGCAACUUCAUCUUUUAUUACAACUCCCCAUGAUUCUUUUCACACAAUGCAAGAUGAUUGGCGUUUGGAAAUAGAACAAAUGUUUGAUGAGCUGCGUAGCAGAGAGAAGGAACUACGCUGCAGGGAAGAAGAACUGACAAAACAAGGACUGCAGCAAAAGAUUCAGGAAGAUGCCCUAAAGAAACGAGAGCAAGAUUUGGCUGCUCGAGAGAUUGAGCUCUUGGAACGAGAGCUCAACAUACUUAUCCUCCAACAAGUCAUGCUCAAGCCCACUCCAAAAAAGAGAAAGAGUCGUAAGAGUCGUUUAAAGGUUUUGAAAUAUGGAGGAAAGAAGAUAAGCGAGCCUUCUGAUUUUCGACAUAACAUUACCGUGCAGAAGGAAGAAUUAUCUGUUUAUGACAAGCGCACCUAUGGAGAUAGUGCAAAUAUGGACAGCCCUCCUGUGACACCCACACAUGGAGCAGCACCACCCCGAUUCAGGGCAAUUGCUUAUCCUCCAGUUGAUGGGAAGAAAGGCAAAACAUGGGGGCCAAGUUCUGUCCAAAAGGACAGACAUACACGUUCAUCCAUUAUAUUUGCAGACGGUAGAUGGUCAAAAAGUGCUCCAAAUUUGGAAAAGUCUUUACGGCAACUUGGAGGAGGUCACUCAAAUAUGGGAGCUGUCAAUCAUCUGUAUGAUGAAGAAGAUAGCUUGCCUGGUGAUUUCGAUGAUGUCUCUACAAAAUCACGAAGCAUUCCAAACUCACCUGCAGCCACGCCGACAAGUCCAUUUGUGAAAGGAAAGCGAACAGACUGUGCCAUGUAUUACAUGUCCACAUUACUAGCCUCUGUGGCAAUGGGUUUUGACAUUGGCAUUGCAAACACCAGGGCCAUACAUCCCAAUCUGCACACUCCGAGUGCAGAGGAGGACAAAAGCAUGAAGAAGAGAGAUUCAUACAUCAACAACCGUCGAGAUGCUUAUCUAGCAGCAGUGAGGGAUUCAUUUAUUGAGCCUGAAGGGGAUUUUCGUGCUUAUCAGGCGCCUCCUCCAGGCUACUGGCACACUUACCAUGGAGUGCAGCAUCGACAGCGACCUGGUCUUCCUCUAGAAGUUGACUCCCAGUCACCAAUGAUGCCAGAAAAUGAUUUCAGCAAUCAGGCUGCAGGUGGAGGAUAUGGCGAUGACAGUGCUCGCACAACAUCACACCGCUCAUCAUACACAGACAGUGAAGCUUCUGGUUUGUCAGGCACCACACCUACAAGUGAGAAAACUGCCAACAACUGUCAGCUGUCAUCAGAGGUGAAUGUAGAUGUGCCUGCUAAGUAUGCAAACUUGGAUUCUGGAAAUAAGUCUCAGCGGCGAUCGGUGACAUUCGAGGAUGACUUUAUCCCACCUGACUACAGCAAAGUCAACUCUAGUACCACAUUCACCUCCCACAGAAGAACACCAUCAAAUACCUCAAACUCAUCAGCAGCAUUUGAUCACCCAGAUUCUAAAUAUGUCAGCACAGAUUACUUCCUUGCCCCUCACCCAGAAUAUAACUCAGCAUCACCACAACUACAGCAGCAGCCUGUGCCACCACGACGAAGAUCAGGAGCAGAACCAGCACAGAGACCUACAACUCUCGAUGUUGGAGGGGCAACACGAGCGAUGCCCAUACAUAUAAAGCACUCAGUGUCUCCAGGAUAUGGAAUGAACCCAGUGCGAGGAAAAGGCUCUGGUGAAGAAUAUUCACAGUACUAUUCAAAUCGGUCACACAUGUCUCCUGGAAGCACACCACCACAUAUAUCACACCAGACAACACUUCUGGACAUCGAUGUCGAGGGACAGAACCAGGAUGCAACAAGACCACUAGUGCACCACAGUAUGGGGACAAAAUUUUCUGUAUCAGACUUGGAAAAAGAGUUUCUUAGUUAA